GGCAGAAAAGUAGAGUCGAGGCAGUCAAACGUCGGGAUAUUGGAACGAUAUAGUGUUGACCCUCGAGUGGAAGAACUGAAAUACAAGUUAACUGUUACAGGACCAGCUGCUGUGGGAAAGUCUUUCUUUAUUUCCUGGUUAGCUGGAUUACCACUACAAGAAUCAUAUUAUUCCACUCCAGGUGUAAACGUCACCAAUAUAUGCUGUCCUCAUCGUCUUUUAGUUUUCCCAAGAAAAAUGGUCCUUUUUUCACUGAAGUUUUUUGAAAUAGGCUCUAUUGCCAAGAGGAGUAUUAGUGAGGAAAAACUCAGCGAGAUGGACUGUAUAAUUACAAUGUUUGACUUCACAGAGAAAGGUUCUUUGCAACUUAUCCAAAAGGAAAUACAGAAAUUCUGCGAAAAUGAAACACACAAGCCAUGUUUUGUUUCUGUAGGUAGUAGAUGGAACUUACAAGAACCAAUGAUGAUCAACCAACAGGAUAUUGCUUUUUUUGAGAAAACCCAGAAAGUGCCAAUUAUUAAAGUGCCACAAAUUUCCCCUAAAAAUAUGUGGCUCUCGGAAAAAUCUGCCAUUUUAACUUUUUUAUGUGAACAGCUGUAUCUUCGGGAUCAAGCUCUACUUACACACUGUCCAGUGUAGUUAUAAAGAAAAAAGUUUAAUGAUUGUAUACAAGCAAGUGAUUUGUAUUAGAAGUAUUUAAAUCGA